AUGCCUGAGACCUUCGAGUUCCAGGCUGAGAUUUCUCAGCUGCUCUCGCUGAUCAUUAACACCGUCUACUCCAACAAGGAGAUCUUCCUGCGUGAGCUGAUCUCCAACGCCUCCGAUGCUCUUGACAAGAUCCGCUAUGAGGCUCUUUCCGACCCGUCCAAGCUCGACUCGUGCAAGGACCUGCGCAUCGACAUCAUCCCUGACCAGGAGAACAAGACUCUCACCAUCCGGGACACCGGUAUUGGUAUGACCAAGGCUGACCUCAUCAACAACCUGGGUACCAUUGCCCGCUCCGGUACCAAGCAGUUCAUGGAGGCUCUGUCUGCUGGUGCUGAUAUCUCCAUGAUCGGCCAGUUCGGUGUCGGUUUCUACUCGGCUUACCUGGUCGCUGACCGGGUCACCGUUGUGUCCAAGCACAACGAUGACGAGCAGUACAUCUGGGAGUCGGCUGCCGGUGGCACCUUCAACCUCACCCAGGACACCGAGGGCGAGCAGCUCGGCCGUGGCUCCAAGAUUGUCCUGCACCUCAAGGAUGAGCAGACUGACUACCUCAACGAGAGCCGCAUCAAGGAGGUGGUUCGCAAGCACUCCGAGUUCAUCUCUUACCCCAUCUACCUGCACGUCCUGAAGGAGACCGAGAAGGAGGUCCCCGACGAGGAGGCUGAGGAGACCAAGGAGGAAGAUGAGGAGAAGAAGCCCAAGGUCGAGGAGGUCGACGAGGAAGAGGAUAAGGACAAGAAGAAGACCAAGACCGUCAAGGAGUCCAAGAUCGAGGAGGAGGAGCUGAACAAGACCAAGCCCAUCUGGACCCGCAACCCGGCCGACAUCACCCAGGAGGAGUACGCCUCCUUCUACAAGUCGCUCUCCAACGACUGGGAGGACCACCUGGGUGUCAAGCACUUCUCCGUCGAGGGUCAGCUUGAGUUCCGGGCCAUUCUUUUUGUUCCCAAGCGUGCUCCCUUCGACCUCUUCGAGACCAAGAAGACCAAGAACAACAUCAAGCUCUACGUGCGCCGUGUCUUCAUCACCGACGAUGCUACCGACCUGAUCCCCGAGUGGCUGGGCUUCAUCAAGGGUGUCGUCGACUCGGAGGACCUGCCCCUCAACCUGUCGCGUGAGACCCUCCAGCAGAACAAGAUCAUGAAGGUCAUCAAGAAGAACAUUGUCAAGAAGACCCUCGAGCUUUUCCAGGAGAUCGCCGAGGACCGCGAGCAGUUCGACAAGUUCUACAGUGCCUUCAGCAAGAACAUCAAGCUCGGUAUCCACGAGGACGCCCAGAACCGCCCGGCCCUGGCUAAGCUGCUCCGCUACCAGUCCACCAAGUCCGGCGAUGAGUCCACCUCGCUCAGCGACUACGUCACCCGCAUGCCGGAGCACCAGAAGAACAUGUACUACAUAACUGGCGAGUCGACCAAGGCUGUCGCCAAGUCGCCUUUCCUGGACACCCUCAAGCAGAAGAACUUUGAGGUUCUGUUCCUGGUUGACCCCAUUGACGAGUACGCUUUCACCCAGCUGAAGGAGUUCGACGGCAAGAAGCUGGUCGACAUCACCAAGGACUUCGAGCUCGAGGAGAGCGAGGAGGAGAAGAAGGAGCGUGAGGAGGAGGAGAAGGAGUACGAGGACCUGGCCAAGGCCCUGAAGAACAUUCUGGGCGACAAGGUCGAGAAGGUCGUUGUCUCUCACAAGCUCGUCGGUGCGCCCUGCGCCAUCCGUACCGGUCAGUUCGGCUGGUCCGCCAACAUGGAGCGCAUCAUGAAGGCCCAGGCCCUCCGUGAUACUUCCAUGAGCUCGUACAUGUCCUCCAAGAAGACCUUCGAGAUCUCCCCCAAGUCCCCCAUCGUCAAGGAGCUCAAGAAGAAGGUUGAGGCCGAUGGCGAGAACGACCGCACUGUCAAGUCGAUCACCCAGCUCCUCUUCGAGACCUCGCUGCUGGUCUCCGGCUUCACCAUCGAGGAGCCCGCCAGCUUCUCCGAGCGCAUUCACAAGCUCGUCUCGCUGGGCCUGAACAUCGACGAAGACGCCGAGACUGCCGACGAGAAGGCCACCGAGACUGCAGCUCCCGCCGAGGCCACCGGUGAGAGCGCCAUGGAGGAGGUUGACUAA